AUGCAAAAUCUUUUCUUUGCGCUGGGUUCGGGUUUGAGUCUACUUGGCGUUGUUUUUGGAGCGUUUGGGGCGCAUGCGCUGCGAUCAAAACUUUCACCAGAGAUGCUUGAGACAUUUGAAGUAGCAGUUCGAUAUCAGAUGUACCACAGUCUGGGGAUGAUUGCUGCGGCGUGGGCGGUAUCGCAGUGGCAGAACCAACUCACGGCUGCAUCGGGAUGGUGCUUUUUCGCCGGUAUCCUGAUUUUUUCGGGGAGUCUCUACAUCCUUAGCCUCACCGGUAUUCGAUGGCUCGGUGCAAUCACUCCGAUCGGUGGACUGGCAUUUAUCGUGGGGUGGGGGUGUCUGACACUCGCGGCGAUUCGUGCAUAA